AAUGUCGGGAUGAUUUAGGUCGAUGCCUGGCCGUCAAUCAGACAAAUCGAGUCUGUCGAGACGUCGACGGUAACUGUCGAGCCGACGGAGAUCACUGGGAUUACCUCAACUGUUUGAGUUUGGAGUGUCGUAGUCACAAAAUAUCUGUCUUAAAUGAUAAAUGUCUGAGUACCGAUAAAGAAUGUCUGACAAUUACCACUGAAAAUCAAAUGUGUCGGGACCAACACGGCAGGUGUAGGGAGACCGGAAGUCGCUGGACACACGAUUGCUUUGAGAUGAUGUGUCGGCAAAACAAAGUGUCAAUCAUAAAUGUCAAAUGCUGUGUUCGAGAUUCAGUUGAUUGUGUGAAGCCAAUUGUAUGUCGUUCUCCUGGAGAGAUCUGGAAAAUCCCGGGAAAUGAAACGCUCCAGACGUGCAAAAUAGUAAAGAACAAAAUGGGACGUUACACCUUCCAGUACUUCGUACCAAAAAUAUGAAAACUUUCGUGAAAGCAAUGCUAAGAUUUAAAUAUUAAUGAACCUGUUGUGCUUAAAUCUUAUAAAUGAAAAAAAAGUGUUAAACUGUUUACCAUAUUAAUUGUUCUAUGAUUUAAAAUAAAUUUUGGAUUGAUGAC